AUGGCGGCAGUACAAGAUUCACGGUUCGACGAAUCGUCCGCCGGUCCCAAAUCCCCGGACGCGCCCGGGCUUUCGACCGCUUCCGGCGAUAGCGAAAACAUCUCUUCAGUAAGACUUGCUAAGAAGCAACGCUUGCGUGAGCUCCAGAACGAGCACGUUUCUGUGCGCACCAUCGUUGUUCACAUAGGAAAACAUUACCAGGGCGUCGAUCUUCCUGCCUGGCUUGACCUCAGUGUCGUUUGCGGACACCUGGCCCGAUCAGGUGCGGCCCGCCAAAAGUCAUCCUCUCACGCAGCUUGGAAGUAUCUACGUGAGUCUACUUCAGCCAUCCGCGAGUGGAUGGGGCCAUGCGACAGUUGGAGAGAGGCGAUCAAGCAAGGGCGAAUGCCGUACAUCGGCUUUCCAUCUGAGAUCAAGGCAGUGGAGUUUAUUCACGGCAAGGGUCCGCAGCUUCCCAACUGCAUUAUGCAGCAGAUGAUCCGCAUCGGGCUGGAUUAUCUAGUGGAUCACGAGCGGCGGCCAGACGACAAAAUCCCUGAGUUUUGGCGGGGCGCCAAAGUCGACGAUCGCAUAUGGCGGAUCCAGCACAUGCAGAACCACGGCUACCAACUUCGUAUUCCCUUUGACGAUGACCUCAACGACUUGAUACGCAGCGUUGUACGCCACAAAAAUAAACUAGGUCAGAUGGAAAGCUCGCAACAGCCAGGAGAACCCGGAUCCGACGAGGUGGCCCACCAGUCAAACAAUCUCACCAACGAAGCCUCGGGGGCUGCGGGCGCCGCAAUGGCCAACUUUCCCAAGACUAAGGGCAAAAUCACACCGCGGAAGGACAAAGUGCAAACGGCCAUGUCUAGAGUCACCGCCACAGUUAGUGAGGCUCUCGCCACAGAGCGGCAAAAGCUACUGGGCAAAAGACCGCUCGACAAAGGGGGAGAAGUGGCCCAGACAGAAACCCGCCACAAGCGGCCGAAGGCCGCACCGGGAGUCGCCCAGCCAGCAGCGGUCGUGGAGUCGAUCGAGAAUGGCGACGAGGAGGAGGAAUUUGACACCCCCCCGCCAGCUAGGGGAAACGCCACGGCAGACGACGAGCGAUUCCGAUCACUCAGGAGUAACUACAAGAAACUCAAAAGGGCGGACCAACAACUAGUCAGCCGUUUCUGUGGCCUCGAUCAUACUGUCGCCAUGAUGGGGAACAACGUCGAGCAGUUGACGAAAAAGGAAAAGGAGCUGCGUAGGGACGUCAACGCCACCAAGCACAAGCAGCAGCAAUUCAACGAAGGCAUCGGCAAACUCGAGGCGGAGAGCAAGGGCCUCGACGAAAAAGCCCAACACCUGACGGUCCAAUGCUCGGCCCUGACGGAUAACAUCCGAAAGCUCGAGGACAAGGAGGAGAAGGUUAUUGCGCAGUGCAGUGCCUUGGAGGCCGAGAAUAAGCUUCUCAGGGCCCAGAUCGCCACUUUGACCUCCCGGAUCGAAACUCUGGAAAAGGCCAAGUCGGCCCCAGAGUAUAAGUACGCCGCCACGACGGCAACUGUCCCGGAUACCGCCGCAGAGAUCAAACCGUCCCGACAAAGUGCGGGCGCUCCCGCCCGGGAACAGGCGACCCCCGAGGCACUUCGAGACAGGACCUUUUCCGUUUCGCGGGAUAUCCCACACGGCACCGCCGCCUCUGCCGUACCCUCGCCGCGGCGGCCGACCUACGAAAUCCACAUACAGGAAGAGCGCAAGCCUUCCCUUCUGGCCCGCGAGUAUCGCCGCUCUGGCACACAAUUCCCACGGGUCCUGGACAUGCCGACCUUUGAGCCGACGUGGAACCCCCACGAAGAGCUCAACCGCCGUCGUGCCCCAGCCCACCCUCCCAUCCAGCUUCGAGAGGCGUACCAAGAAGUGUCUCACGCUCGUCCCGAUUACGCCCCAGAGCCGCUCCAACCCAGACAAGACCCAGGCGAGCCCGCGGCCGAGUCAUUCCAUACGUCAAUGCCGCGAACCUCGGCCCCGGCCCCGCUGCCAGCGCAGCCGCCUGCUUAUAUGCAGAUGCCAGACACAGCGCUGGCGUACACACGCGCCCAAUUUCCGACGGGGGACACCACCUCGGCAGCGCAGCCAAUGGCUCGUCACUUCAGCCAUGGCCCUACGCCCAUGGGCCCGCCGAUGAAUCGGCCAGAGCACCCAGAAACCUCGACUCAUGGCUACAACGAGAUUGAUCCGAGUCUCCGCCCAGGGGGGAACCCCUCCACGGCCAACGCCCUCGCAGUCCCCGCCACUACCGCAGACACCAUUCCCCCGGCUGCUACACGCACCACACACCACAUGAGCCCGGCCCCUCCCCAAUAUCGAUCGCCAUACCAACCGCCCCAGGCUCCGUACCAGUAUCCACAAGGCUACCCACACCAGUACGCGCCGCCGGCCCAGGUCCAGCCCCAAGAGGAGGCUUCUCUACGCCCGCAGGUUCGUCCCAAGGCCGAGGAGCCCGCCGAGUAA